UGAGCUCUGUAAAUUAUCUCCAACACCUUACAGAACCUUCAAAACGGCUCUCUCUAGUUGCGCGCCGGCGAUGACCGCGUUCACGUCCGCCUUCCCACUGCCUCCGGGCGAUUCCGCCGCCGCACGUGACGGCAGCCCUUUUCGUCGAAAGGAGAACGGUUCGUCGCGUCUGGGUUUCUCGAGACCCUCAUGGAUCGUCCGGACCGAGUCAAAUGUUAAGAAAGAGAGAAGGAAGAAACCAGAUCCAUCUUGUGUAGUCUGCAAUGGAAGUGGAAGAGUUGAUUGCCAUUACUGUCAAGGAAGAGGCAGGACAAAUUGUGUGCAUCAAGUCAUGCUUCCAAAGGGAGAAUGGCCAAAAUGGUGCAAUGUUUGUGGUGGAAGUGGACUUGGGUAUUGUAACAGAUGCCUUGGAACAGGGGAAUACAGGGAUAUAAUGGGUUUUCACUUUAUGAAGAUCAAUGGCAACUCAUCAUGAUGUCAUGAAGAGAAGUAACAAUCUUCAGGAGAUCUAUUUAUGUAUGUGGCACAUUUCAGAGUAUCUUGUCCUGUGCACUCUUAUUGGUGUCUUUUCUCCAUUUUUCUACUACAGGAAAGUAGUCAUUCAACUAAACUGUAAGGUUUUUACCCAAAAAGAAAAAACUCAACUGUAAGUUCUGCGAUGUAUUACUUUGUUGCAGCUACACCAAAAGAUGGUGAUCUAUAUCUUGUAAUAGCAGUGUCAAUUGUGCAUUGCCCGCUACUCAAUCCCAUUCUGAACCUCAAGCUGGAUAGCAAAGGCUUGACAAAUUGUUAGCUAUCCUACGUCCAUAUAGAUACCACUACUAUGUUUU